AUGGCACCUUGUGCAGCCAAGGAGAAUCAGGCUCCACCAACGACAUCGCUGGCGACGCCUGUCAAACCUGUCAAAUCCGAGUCUACCACUGGUGGAAAGAAGCGUGCUAAAUGGAAUGCGUUCACGGUGAACAUUCUGCUCGCAACGCUGAAUGCACAAAGGCUUGCUGGGAACGCAACGGACAAUGCAGGGUGGAAGGAGGAUGUGUACACGGAGUGUGAGAUCGCUCUCAGAGGUACGGAGCAGGUAUCCGGUGGAGUGCCAAAAGAUGCAAAGAUGUGCCAUACAAAGUGGACCUCGGAGAAGGCGGACUAUAUAGCAGUCAAGACCCUUUGGUCCAAGUCGGGCUGGGGAUGGAAUGGCACCUUGGGCUUAAUAGAGGUUGAGGACGCUGUGUGGGAGGAGUACAAAAAGUCCGCCCCCCCUGCUAUGCACAAGUGGAGAACGACACCAUAUCUCCACUACAACAAGAUGGCUGUAUUGGUGGAUGGUGCAACAGCAACAGGAGAGCACUCUUUUGUCCCGGGCCAGACACCUCCACCAGCACCAACAGAGGUCUUCAAAAUCGACGAGGAGCCCAUCACGGCCGACAAUGGGGACCAGGGUUUAGCAUGGCAGGUUCCUGCAACCCCUCGGGCGUCACUCAGCACGAGCACACUGGACUUGACAGAGGACGAAGUCAAGCCUACUGACACUAAGUCUGAGGUGAAAUCCAAGAAACGCUUCUGUGCCAUGUCGGACUCUCCCGAGCCCUCCCCGUCAUUGAAGAAACAUCAAGGUAGUCAUCACCGCGAUCGCAGUGGUGAUGGCAUCUCGGAAGUUGUGCAGGCUCUUGUUCAGCAGGUUGGCCCUACCUCCCCCCAGCGUUGA